AUGCUGGUCCAGGACAUCGCCAAGUUUCCCAAGCUCAUGGCCUACAAGAAGCCCUCCCUCAUCAAGAGGUGGAACCUGAAGUGGGAGCAGGAGCAGGAGCUGGAGCAGGAGCAGGAGCAGGGACAGAAGCCCACAACUCUGACAUUGACCAAUUGCCUGACCUUGGGACACUUUCCCCUUUCCACUCUGGUUCUGAUGUGGAUAGGAGUGAAUACUAAACUCUGUCUUUCCAAUCUUUACAACUUUUAA